UGAUGGUUGCUCACUUUUACUUGGCCUGUGGUUGGCUGCAGCGAAAAAAAGUUCAACUCGAAAGACACCAGGAAGACAUCCAGCCAUCGGCCAUUGUCCCAUCAGCAGGACCUGCACGGCCAACUGGACACGCUUGACUGAAUAUAUGCGCCUUUACUGAGCCGGUUGGCUAUUUAAUCCUCGCAAUUGACCGGUGCAGGACACCCCCAAGACCCUCCUUCCACCACACCCUCAACGCGCAAGGAGUCAAAGACUAUGGAGCAUUCGAAGAUCUAUACGACAAUAUAACAGUACCCACGCUCUUGCUAAACUCCCGCAAUCGAUAAUGCCUUCACAUUUCCAUCCGCGGUCGCGGUCGACCAUGUCCCUCUUCACAGCAACACUCCUCGCAUCCCUUCUAAUAGUUGGCGUACCACACGUCUUUCCUUGUCCUGCUCCACGACGAGCACUGGCCGACUCAGAGAUCAUAGUCACCGCAGAUGGACAGCAGAUAAGGCGGAAGAGAAGACGGAAGGAACCGGUCCCCGCCGCCGAUGAAACGGUAUUAUCAUCGUCGGAUCAGUUGGCCGGACACUCGGUACUCGGGUCUGCAGCCACGGAUAUCUUAAGUCAGACACCAACGGUUGGACGGGAGCUACGGGAACAAGCGGUGGAGUUCAGGCAUAUGGAGGCAGAGGCGAAAGAGCUUGGGAAAACUGCGCGAGAGUGUCCAGUACCGAAGCCGAAAGGAAUCCUCGGCCAACUUUUUGGGUUCGGUGCGGAUAAAAGCGAUCAAUUGAAAGCAGAUGCCUCCCACACGGAUAUCCAAUGGAAGAGAAAUACGGAGUGAUAUGGUCAGCUUCUAUCUUGAACGUUAUAUAACGGUUGAAGGGUACUAAAUACCAAAGUCGUCCAGCAGGUUGGCGUUAAUAAAGUAAGUGAUACGUGUUAUAGUCAUGGUUAACUCAGCUACGUUUGGCAACGCAAAUGAGAGUUCACUAACUAGUUUGAUAGGUAUCUAUGUAUAUUACCUAGAGUAUAUUUCAUCUACGAUUGCUGUCUGUUAAUCAGUUUCUCCUCUUACUUCAACCACCUUGGAUCGAGUGACCUCCUCUGAAUAGGUCUUGCUUGCGUUUCUCGGCUAGUGUCUGUCCUAUGCAGCCCACACAAUGAAGAAGUGCGAAUAGGUCUCGGCUAUUCUCACUCUCCCCUUCCUUGACUUUACCUUGAGAAGCUUUUAAAUCGUUGCAACCAAGUAGCCUUUCACUAUUAAUCGGUUUCUGCACUCUUGCAGGAACCUAAAGUGUUUAGAUUUAAUAGGUACAGGCUAGUCUAGAGAUAUCAAGCUUGCUAUCAUAUGUCCUUAAGUCCUUAUAAUAUUAUAUAAGUUCCUGAAGGAGUACCAUUAAUUUUUUUAAAGUCUAAAACGUCUACCUGUCUUGGCUCUAUAAUCCGUUCUCUACCCGCGAUUAUCUUGCUAUACAUGGUAUUUUAUUGCAUCAUUUGGACUACGGUAGAAUAAAUACCUGGUGAAAGUUAUUUAGCAUUGGCUGUUGGAUGGCUUUAGAGAAAUAGCAUAACAUACAGACCGUUUUUCUUCAAGUUCGGUGCUAGACAUUGCCUAGGGUUGUAUAUGUAUAGCUAGAGACAAGCGCUCAGUCGAUAUAGCGGGCCGUUUUCAAUGCCUUAUAGUUGAAGAGAUUGCCUAAGUAGUCGACCAGAAGAAUGAUAUCAGGCAUAACAGCAGUAUCCGGAUCAAGUGCAUGUGAAAACGUCAGAAUUCCUCUAUGCAGGUGUUUCCCUUCUCACUUCUCAAAUCUCGGGGCCCUACUUAGCUAUUUUUUAGGAUAAAGCUGACAGAUGAAUAACCGCCUUUAGGUACAAAUACAGGCAAGAGAUUGAUAGAAAAGAAGGGUCAUAUCAAACCCGAGCAUCUUAGUAGCGGUGUUGAUGGUACUGAUGACGCCUAACUAUAUUACACUUGGCCACCCUCGAUUCUCCUAUCCAGCAAGAAAGCCAAUAUACGAUAGCCAGGUAACUAGGUCGCUAGAUCUGACCUCAGGCAGGGAGUAACUAACGAUCGGCCGCCAGGCUCGCCUGCUCCUGUGCCAUCAGGCGGGUCUAGAACAACCGCUAGAACUACCAAUGGUGAGGUAUAAACACUGCUUCAGGAGCGUGGGCGGUCGUUUGGCAGCGAUAUGAGACACAAGGAAGAGAAUUAUAAGGGCUGGAAUCAUCUGCCAUCUGCCAUCUGCCUACUAAGUACUCUGUUUUUCCUUUUUUAUUCCUUCCUGUAACUACAACCUUUAUUAUCUAUAGCUUUUAUCCGGAGUCGUUAUUCCUAGUACAUCUACCACUCGCACUACUGCAUUACCUGUCUCUCGAAUCGGCCAGUUGAUAGUUUCCACUCCGGCGAAGAAAUUCGUUUACACAUGUAACUAUUGCUUGUAGGGUCCGCCACCAGUGCUGUAGAAACCGUAGCCACAGCAGCGUUCGUGCCGCAUCUCCUUUAACUACCACUAGAUUUAUGCGCCUGCUUAAGCUGCCGCCGCGAUAUUCCACCUAACUACCAGGCUUUCACAACCCAUAAUAACUGUAGAUGGUUCGGCCGCUGCUCUAAAGUGCCGCGAUCCCAAUACCAUGUAUUUAUAUCGUAAUAUCGGGCGUAUAAGCUAACAGAGAACGUUUAUCCUACAACCGAGUGAUAGAUACCUGCCUGACUACGUACGACGUCUAUCUAUCUGCGACCUACUCUAUCCCUUCCUUGUAAUGGUUCACUCAGGAGGAUAAAAAAAAAAAGAGCAAAAAAGAACUCCCUGACGGGGAAUCGAACCCCGGUCUCCCGCGCUUGUUGUUCUCAGCGAGAAUUGACAAGCGGAAAUCAUGACCACUAGACCAUCAAGGACU